CCAUCAGGUUCGGGCGGAUGCCGCAGGCCGAGAAGGAGAAGCUGCUGGCGGAGAUCUCCAGCGACAUCGAGCAGCUGAACCCCGAGUCGGCCGACCUGCGCGCGCUGGCCAAGCACCUCUACGACUCCUACAUCAAGUCCUUCCCUCUGACCAAAGCCAAGGCGAGGGCCAUCCUGACAGGAAAGACGACAGACAAAUCACCCUUCGUUAUUUAUGACAUGAACUCUCUGAUGAUGGGGGAAGACCAGAUCAAGUGCAAGCACGUGUCCCCGCUGCAGGAGGAGAACAAGGAGGUGGCCAUCCGCAUCUUCCAGCGCUGCCAGUUCCGCUCCGUGGAGGCCGUGCAGGAGAUCACCGAGUUCGCCAAGAACAUCCCGGGCUUCGUCAACCUCGACCUCAACGACCAAGUGACUCUGCUCAAAUAUGGGGUCCACGAGAUCAUCUACACCCUGCUGGCCUCGCUGAUGAAUAAAGAUGGGGUUCUCAUAUCCGAUGGACAGGGGUUCAUGACGCGGGAGUUCCUGAAGAGCCUGAGGAAACCUUUUUGUGACUUUAUGGAGCCCAAGUUUGAGUUUGCUGUGAAGUUCAAUGCACUGGAAUUAGAUGACAGUGACCUGGCAAUAUUUAUAGCUGUCAUUAUCCUAAGUGGAGACCGCCCGGGGUUGCUAAAUGUGAAGCCCAUCGAAGACAUUCAGGACAACCUUUUGCAAGCCCUGGAGCUGCAGCUGAAGCUGAACCACCCCGAGUCCUCGCAGCUGUUUGCAAAGCUGCUGCAGAAAAUGACGGACCUGAGGCAGAUCGUCACGGAGCACGUGCAGCUCCUGCAGGUCAUCAAGAAAACCGAGACGGACAUGAGCCUCCAUCCUCUGCUCCAGGAGAUCUACAAGGACCUGUACUAAUGAGCAGAGCAGCUGUUAAUCCCCUGACACGAUGUAUGUUCUUCAGAUUGCACUAUUUCUAAGAGGGAAAAACUUGGCGUACCUAAGAGAUUACUGUGAAACAGCAUUUAAAAAGAGAGAGCUUAGUAUAGUAGAUCUAUUUUAUGCAUAUUGUUUAUAAAGACACAUUUACAAUUUACUUUUAAUAUUAAAAGUAUCUAUAUCAUGAAAUUGUUGGCAGUAUUUUCAGAAUUAAUUUUUUUAACUACGUUAUUUCUUACAAUCGCUUGUCCGAGUGUGAUCGAUGCUUCACUCAAGCACGCACUUAAAUUUUCAACUCAAUAAAAACCUUUCUCCUUGAGCAUUCCCAGGGAAAUGUUUGAAGCAUUAACGUUCAGUUCUGUGCUCCUGAGGCAGCAGCACAGUGAAAUUCAGUCCCAGAUUGGUGCAGCUUCCCCGGAGAGCCUGCGGUGCCAAAGGAAGAAGUGUCAGGUGUGAAAAUGUUUGUGCCUUCCACAACGAGGUUGGACACUGGCAGAGCUCUGCAAAGGUGUAAGGAGAGAUCAGGGCACUCCUUUGGGGGCAAACUGAGAAAUCAGAUGCCAUUUCAAGAGCUCAUUAAUGAGGAAUAUGCACUGCUCAGCACUCCCAGGAAACAGAGACCUUUUGGUUCCUCUGCAGGUGGAGCAGCAGCUACUCCAGUUCCCACCCCACAGCAGCCAGGGCUGAGCUGGAACGGGCUGGUACAAACCCCUUGGCCCAAGACCUUCCCCAGUUAUUUCAUAAACUGCCCUUGAACAGCAGUCAAAAUAUCAUGGAAAACUGGGAAAUUGUGACAAAUUAACUCCUAAGCAAAAGCAAGGUUUAGAUUAAUUAUUGUGUAAAUAUAAAGCUGUGAUGGAGACUCUGCACCCCAAAUCCGACUCGAGCUCCAGGUGCUCAUCCAGGGUGCUGGGAGAUGUUCCUGCUGUUGAGGUUGUUGGCUUUCUUGCACGUGUUCCCCUGUAAUGUCACCUCAGAGUUCCACAGGGAGCAGAGCACAGCAGAGUGAACAAAUUUAACAGAAGAUAAAUUUCCUAACAAUGUAAUUUUGGGGUAUUCUUGGUGCUGAGGUGAGGGAUUCUCAUUUCACCUGCCCGCCUUUGGUAGUUUGUGAAUGUGACCCCUGACUCCAUCCAGCAGGGAGGACCCACAGUGGUGGAGCAGGAGAGGGAACGCUGGGGAAAAGCCACUUUUUGUAAUUUAUAUAUCAAAAUCAGGAGAGGUCCCCAAUACCCUUGGUUUCCUCCCCGUGUCUAUAUUUUAUUUAUGUAGCAAAAAAUGUGCCUUAAACUGAGACAAGGGGAGUGGUGGUUCCCAAGUGGACAAAGAGGUGAAGUAGGUGUGAGCAGGAUCUUCAGGGAGCAGAAAUUGGCUCUGCUCCUAAUGCAGGCCUUAAAACUCUUAAGCCAAUGCAAAUUAUGCAAUAAAGGAGCUGAGAGAGGUAAAUAUUAACAUUAAUCCUUCAGCUCAUGCCUGCUGCACCUGGAAAGGUUUCCUGCUGCAGAUUCCAGGGAACCUCUGGGCCCGAGGUCAGCAGUGAGCGCUGUUCCCACCAGGAAAUUUGGGGAAUUGGAUCACUCAGCUCCAGGUGUGCAGCCCAGGGGUGGAAUUGCACUGAGAUGAAUCCCUGCCAGGCUGCAGAGAGCAGCUCUGAUCCUGCCAGGCUGGCACUGAGGGCAGCUCAGGGGGCUCAGGAGGGGUGGCCCUGGAGCACACAGAGGCUGCAGCUCACGCAGCUCAUGCAGCUCAUGCAGCUCAUUGGAAUUCAUGCAGCUCAUGUAGUUCAUUGCAUCUCAUGCAGCUCAUGCAGCUCAUGCAGCUCAUGCAGUUCCUUCAGGUCAUUGCAGUUCAUUGCAGUUCAUGCAGCUCAUGCAGCUCAUGCAGCUCAUUGGAAUUCAUGCAGCUCAUGUAGUUCAUUGCAUCUCAUGCAGCUCAUGCAGUUCAUGCA